AUGGAGCUUACCAAGAAACCAACUCCGAAAAGCAUCUUGAUCUUCGGUGCUGCUGGUCACAUUGGCCAACCCCUCGCCGAAUAUGUCACAUGCGAAGGCCCGGAUAUCCCAACUUCCGCUUGUCGCCAGAAGCACCGAAAAGCAGAAAAUACUGCAGAACAAGUGUCCCGAGGCCGGGUUCUCGCGGCUGAUCACGAGUAUCUAUCUUCAUUUGCAGCGGCUGUAAAGGGCGUCGAAGGUGUUUUCGUCAUAUCGUCCAGCGGCAUGUCGGAAAGCGUUGCCAUGACGAAUCUUACAACUGUCAUCCGCUUGCUCGGUAUAUUCCCUGAGUUCAACCCCCACCGCGUGCCCGCAAAUUUGGGGCGGGGAGCCUGCCCAUUGAGCACCCGAUUGCAAAGCGGAUCCUCAAUGAAAGCGGACUUCCAGUCACAUACAUCAACUGCGGAGCUUCUAUUAUCGAUAAUCUGUAUCCAGCCGGUCCUAUUGAAUAAGACGUUCAUCUGGCCAGAGCAUCGUGUGCCGUUUCUCGACCCGCAAGACAUUGCAGAAGUUGCAGGGCGCCUGUUUCUCUCAGACAAUGCUAAGCACAUAGGGGCAUUUCACACCAUGAAUAACGGCCGUAACUGGUUGACGUACGAAGAAGUGGCAGGGAUCCUUAGUGAUGAAUUGGGUGAAAAGAUUGUCUUUGACGCAAGCUAUGAGGGCUUCACGGAGUUCUGGGGCCCUAGAAUGGGAAAGAAGGCGGAGGGACUCUGGGAUUUCUUCAAGUUCGAACAGGCUAAGGAGGAACAAUGGGCUUUGAAUAAUUUUGUUGAACCGACUUUGGGAAGGAAGCCUACCACAGUCAGGGGCUGGAUAGUGGAGCAUAAGGAUGCCCUCCUACAUGCUACGCAUCCCGUCUCUCGGGGAGAGUGA